UGUUCCGCGGGAAGUCGGUGGGUCAGCGCAGGUCGCAGUAGAGUUUUCCUCUAAAAUUAAACAAAAUUUGAACGGAGUUUGGCGGAAAGGAAGAAGAACGACUCGGAGAGAACAGGCUGAUCUCAGGUUUGACCCGGUCCACAACAGGCUGUUCGGUGGUUCCGAAAACAAACAAUAAACAAACAGCACAGAUAAACAACACAGCACGAGGGAUCCUCUCAUUCUAAACAAACAGGAAGAAUUUCCUCUUCAGGAUGGAGCUGUCCUCUCUCCUCCACGACCUUCUUCUCUCCUCAGAGAAGCCCCUCCCCUCUCCUCGUCUUCCUCCAAUCACAGAGCUCCUCUCUUGGCUGCAGAAGAAGCUGAUUGGUGCAGCUGAUAAACCCACUGACCGCAGCUCCCUGAUUGGUCAAGUGGAGCAACUCUUCCAGGCCGCAGAUCCUGAUUGGCUGUUCUCUACGGCGUCAGAUGACCAGGAGAGCCGGUGGGAGGAGCUUCAGGCAGCGUACAGCUUUGUGAUCAGCGCUCUGAUUGGCUGUGCAGCUCUGCCGCUCUGUGAGGACGACUGCAGCUCAAUGAGCGCCGCGACCUAUCAGAGCGUCCCGAGUCGAGCCGCAGCAGUAAGCUCCGCCCUCUCGGCGCUGCUGGGAAACUGGGCCAAAGUGGGCGAGUCCAGAAAAGAGUUGACUGGGCUGCUUUUGGUUCUGGCUCCGCCCAUCUGCGUGUUCUCCGUCACACAUUUCCAGGAUCAGGCGUGGACCAGCCCCGCCUCCCGGGCAGCGGCACGGCGUCUUCAUGAGGCGCUGCUGAGGGCGGGCAGCUGGACAGACUCCGCCCACCUCCUGAUGGGGGACAGAGACGUGGAGAGCAGAGGGAUUCUGGGAGGAGUUCUGGACCUCCUGCAGCCACAGCUCGCCAAGAACACGUGGCAGCGCUGCGAGGCCGUGAAGCUGGUGUUUGUGUGGACCCUCCUGCAGGUGACCCGCCCCUCGCUGUCCCCCCACCUGCCACGCCUCCUGCCCCCCUCCCUCCUGCUCAGCGACCACUACAAGCAGGAGAACUGCAUGCUGGGAGUUCGCUGCCUGCACCACAUCGUGCUGAACACGAUCUUCGUCAGUUUAACAGAGCAGAGGUUCUGUAUCAGGCUCUGUUCAGACACCUGUACACGAGUGAGGCUGCAGUCAUCCAGCUCGUCCUCUCCUGUCUCCUCGACCUCCUUCUCGUUUUGGAGAGGCCCCCCUCCUCACUCGGCCCCGCCUCCUCGCGCAGGAAGCCCUGUCGCCACGACGACGUGCUGCGCCUGGUCCUGGCCCACAUGGAGGCGGAGCAUAAGGUGGCACUGCGACGCGUCUACGCCUCGGCUCUGCCGCUCUACGUGGAAAGGAUGGGCGUGGCCGUGUGCAGACACCUGCGACGGGUGGAGCGGGUGGUGCUGGGGUACCUGGAGGUCAGCGAUCCACCUGAGGAGGUGACCCGGCUGAAGAUCCUGGAGGUGCUGCAGAAAACGACCAGAGAGGCGUGGCCCCGGAUGGCGUGUCGCGUGGACGCUCUCCUUCGUUGUUUGUUACGUCUGCUGGUCGACGUCUCGUCUGACUCCAGCCUCGACGACUCUGUGCGACA